AUGGCAUUUUCGAUCGACCCUCCGGGGUUUUAUUUGGUGGAAAGAAGAAAUGAAAUGCUUCCUCCCCUCCUCACUUCCAACUUGUGCUCCCUGGUGGAGGGCCAAGACCGUUUGGCGUUUUCAGUUUUGUUUUUAAUCGACGAAAAAGGGUUUGUGAUAAAAGAAGAAUUUCAAAAAACAAUUAUCAACUCCCGCAAAACCCUCACUUACCAGCAGGCCCAGGACAUCAUCGACGACCCCACCGACCAGUCGGAGUUGGCGGAGAAGCUGCGUCUUUUGCUUUUUCUUGGAAAGCAAAUUCGAAAAAGAAGAAAAGCAAAAGGGGCUUUAGAACUUGCAAGUGCUGAUGUGCAAAUUAUCAAGAAGCAGCUGCAGCAGCAGCAGCAGCAGCAGCAGCAGCAGCAGGGAGCAGCAGCAGCAGAAUUCGCUGCUGCAGCAGCGACGGCAGAAGGAAUUGAUGUCGCUUUGUACCAAGCAAGAGAAACUAAUAAAAUGUUUAUGUCAUUUCACUUGUUUUAUCUCACUUGCUUUAUUUAA